UCAACUGCCAAAGACGUAGUCACUUCCCCGCUGUCAUUCAGGAGUUAAAAAGUUAACUAAACUUGUAGCAGUCAUGGAAACUAAUUUGGGAGACAUUGUUGACCCAAAUAAUCCGUAACGCCGACUCGCCGCUUGUGAUUUUAUCACCGAAACAACUCGUGGGAAGAGUGGAGUUAUUUUUUUUCUUGCCUACGGAGACUUUACCUACUGUAGCAGACAAGCUAGCUUAGCUACAGCUAACGUUAGCUCAUCUAGUGCCACAUACUUUAUGGAGUUUAAUUCUUAUUGUUAAAGCUUCACUUUGUGUUACAUGUGGAUACUAGUAGAGUAACGUCCUCGUUUGUAUUUUGUUGACGCAACAGGUUGUUCCCGUACUUUUCGUCCCGAGACACGGGGCUGUGCUUUGAAUUUCCCUCCUUCAGUGGUAGAGACAGGCGGUUUAGCGAGGGGUUCGUUCGGUGUAGUUGGCUUUCUACCAAAUCAUUAGCAGCAUUGUGCUAAUUGUGGCUAGUUAGCCAGGCAAGUAGCAUAGGCCCAAGGGAACAGUUGGCUUUUUUCAAGUUAAGACAACACCGUCGGAGGAAACAUUUUCUUUGUGUUUAGAGCGGGGAGAUUACCGCCACACGGGUUUAUUUUGACACCCAAUUCAAGGAAACGGAUUAACUUUUAGAUAUGGAUCCACACACGGGCAACGCUGCCUCAGCUGCUGGUCCAAAGAAGGAUAAAAAAUCAAAGAAGAACUAUGAGGAUGGAGAUGGGAAAAAGAAAUUUAAACUCAAACGGCUGAUUCCUGAUGAGUUGGAGCGUUUCACCAGCAUGAGGAUGAAAAAGGACAAGGAGAAGCCCGGCCAUAUGCCAGGUCAGCGUCACUCUUCAGCUGCCAGCUAUGAGCUCAAUCCUCAGAGUGCCAUGCUGCAUGAUCAUUCUGAUGAAUACGUCCUGGAGCUCUUCGAACAGAUGCUGGUGGAUAUGAACCUGAAUGAGGAGAAGCAGCAGCCUCUAAGAGCGAAGGACAUUAUGAUCAAGCGAGAGAUGGUCUCUCAGUACCUCCACACAUCUAAAGCUGGCCAAAACCAGAAGGAGAGCUCCAAAUCAGCCUUGGUGUACAUCCAGGAGUUAAAGUCAGACAGCAGAGACACACAGCUUCUGGGCUGUCUGGAAUCCCUUCGAGUCUCACUCAAUAACAACCCUGUCAGUUGGGUGCAGAACUUUGGAGAUGAGGGCCUGGCCUUGCUGCUGAAUCUCCUUAGGAAACUACAGGAUGAGAAAGACGAGUACCCAAUGAUCGGAGUGAAAUGCCAACACGAGAUCAUUCGAUGUCUAAAAGCCUUUAUGAACAACAAGUAUGGUCUAAAAUCCAUGCUGGAGUCAGAUGAGGGAAUUCCUCUGCUGGUCAGAGCCAUCAACCCUGCAGUGCCUCAUAUGAUGGUGGAUGCUGUCAAGCUGCUGUCUGCCAUCUCCAUUUUGCAACAUUCUGAGAACCUCCAUGAACGUGUCUUGGAGGCCAUUACAGAGGAGGCUGAGAGACGGGACAUUGAGAGAUUUCAGCCUCUCCUUGCUGGCAUGAACAACCACAACAUUGCUCUUAAGGGUGGCUGCAUGCAGCUAAUCAAUGCCUUGAUCAGCCAAGGAGAGGAGUUGGACUUCAGGAUCCAUAUUCGCUCUGAACUGCUAAGACUGGGACUCAGAGACCUGCUGACGGAGGUGCGGACGAUAGAAAAUGAAGAGCUGAGGGUGCAACUUAACGUGUUUGAUGAGCAGGCUGAGGAUGACUCUGAGGACCUCAAAGCACGUCUUGAUGACAUCCGCAUUGAGAUGGAUGAUGUGAGGGAAGUGUUUGAGAUUCUGGUCAACACUGUUAAGGACUCCAAAGCUGAAAGCCACUUCCUGUCCUUGAUGCAGCACCUGUUGCUGAUCCGCAGUGAUUAUUACGCCAGGCCUCAGUACUACAAAUUGAUAGACGAGUGUAUCGCUCAGAUUGUGCUGCACAGGAAUGGAGCAGACCCUGACUUCAAGUGCCGUAACCUUAGCCUCAACAUUGAAGGCUUGAUAGACAACAUGGUGGACCAGACCAAGGUGGAAACCAGUGAGGCCAAGGCCACUGAGCUGGGGAAGAAGCUGGAUACAGAGUUGACAGCACGCCACGAGUUGCAGGUGGAGCUGAAGAAACUGGAGGGUGACUAUGAGCAGAAGCUACGGGAUCUGAGCCAAGAGAAAGAACAGCUGGCCUCUUCUAAGCAGGAGCGAGAAAAGGAGAACCAGGGACUACAACAACAGCUAAGCUCUCUGAAUCAGCAGAUUGAAAAGCUAUCUAAGGACCUGGAAGAGGCCAAGACUAAAGUUGUCACAGUUACUGUUCCUGUGCCAACACCUGGUUUACCCCCUCCACCACCUGCCCCUCCUCUCCCUGGCCAAAAUGUAGGUGUACCCCCUCCACCUCCACCUCCACCCCUACCAGGCUAUGCAGCCAUACCUUUUCCCCAGCCCCCACCUCCUCCUCCUCUACCGGGUCAGGCCUGUAUUCCUCCUCCUCCUCCACCACCUCCUUUACCAGGUAUGCCAGGACCUCCACCACCCCCACCUCUUCCUGGCAUGCCAGGACCACCACCUCCUCCUCCCUUACCUGGGAUGGGACCUCCACCACCACCGCCGCCACCUGGGUUACCUGGUAUCCCUCCUCCACCGCCAGGCCCAGGUAUGCCUCCACCUCCACCAUUUGGCAUGGGAGGCUGGGGGGCGCCUGCACCACCUCCACUGCCUUAUGGGCUCAAACCUAAGAAGGAUUACAAGCCUGAGGUCCAGUUGAAGAGAGCCAACUGGAGCAAGAUCGGACCUGAAGACCUCUCUGAGAACAGUUUCUGGACCAAGGCGAAAGAGGAGCAAUUUGAAAACAAUGAGCUCUUUGCCAAACUCACCUUGACCUUCUCCUCGCAGACAAAGACCACUAAAGGUAAGAAUAUCACGCACACACUUCCAUUUAGUUGUUUUUUCACACAUCUUCUUCAGCCUUUUUCACCCUUCUCGUUCUCUGCUUGGAGGACACGCUGCACAUUUACAUUAUUCAGUAACGCUGUGUCAAAACAGCAACUCACACGAGUUCAUGAAUAA